AUGCCCGCUACGGUCAGCAACAACUACACGGAAGUGGAGCCCGACGCAGCAUUCGACGAGGCAGGCCCUGCUGCCGAGAAGAUAAGGAGACUAAGGAGACAGAUCGCUGCUCAGACUCGAGAGCUGCAGCGCCAACAACGGGCACGCUCCUGCAGCAUCGUUCAGAAGAUCGUGCGCGAGGAGUGGGCUGCUGCUCAAAAUGAGGCGCUUAAAGCUAAAUCAGCCAAACAAGCUGGAGCAUCGUGCGUACCUAUAUCUGUUGGCGGCAAAAGCGGUGUAGCCAACCUUAGAGCAGCACUCAGCUUUGACUCCCGCGUUAAUGAAAGAGCUCAGAAACAAAAUGCGUCGGCGAAACCGCCGCGUGGCGUUGCUUCUUCGAAUUCGAGGCAAGACGACGACACGGUGGCUUUAAAACACGCUCCUCUUAAAAAACGAAGCCUUAGCGUGUUCGAGCAGAAAAAAAUAGAAAGGGCACUUCAGGCGCAGCAGCAGGCGAUUUUGGAGGGGACGCCACAACGCAUUGCAGGAAGGGUUUACUCCGGCCCUUCUUUUCGGUGUUCUCCUUCUGAAGUAGCGUUUAAGGCAUUUGAUGCCGGUGGAGUGUAUUCACAGGAUGUGGAGGUGACCAACGUGAGCUUGGGAUUCAGCACAUUUCGCGUGUUACCACUUCCAGAGGAAGUCGAAGGCAUCAUCUCUGUGACUUUCGAAGCUCCAGGGAGGAUGUCUGCCGGGCGCAGCACGCGGAUAACAGUAACUUUCACCCCUAAGCGGGAAGAAGAUCUGAAUACAGAGAUCCUUCUGCUUUCUCCUACUGGGCCACAGUCAUUGCCAGUCAUUUGUUCGCGCAAAAGAUCUGUUUUAUCCUUCCGCCCCCACAAGCUGUCCCCUCAAGCCCUUCUAAAGUCACUGCACACUUCGGGCGCGCCCGCCCGAGGAACGUGCGGUGGAGUUUCUGAGCCCAGUGUUCAAAAGAAACCAGACGGAGAUACUCGUACAUUGACCGGGGGAGAGAAGGCUCGCCUCAGCAGAAGGGCGCAAGUCGCGGAGCAGAAAGAUGUCAAAGACGGUGUUGUGUAUCUCUCCGCUGGAGAUAUUCAGCUGGGCGAAGUGGCGGCAGUUCGUUUCAGACUAUCGAACACAGGGAGUCUCGCCACUGCUUACCGCAUUUUCCCUGUAUCUCCAGAAGGGCAACGCGAGCCUUCAGAGGCUGAAUCCUUUAACCAACGAAGCGGGCAACCCAGCGAGGCAGAGGGCCUCCCGCAAGAACUACCUGAGGAGUCAACACAAGACUGUCGAAGCGCAGAGGACCCUGGCCUGUCCAGUUCUACAGAGCUUUCCUCAGCGGAAAAUCUAGGAAAGGAAAGUAAUGUAGGGCAGACGGAAGAAGACUUAAGGAGUCUCAGCGCUUCUGGAUGGCUGGAGGCACUCCAGGGCGAGGCAGUAGUGCUGGCUCAACGACUUAGGAUCUCAGACAAGCAAAACACUCUUGCCUGGGCUCGAGUCUUGUCUAGCGGUUUAGGUGUCCUGUUGGACAGGAGAAAGGAGCAAGAUCGCCAAGAAUCGUCAUGCUCAGCCAUUCCCCUGCAGCUCUGUCUCCGAAAUACUCUUGUUAAGAAUGCAGCCGGAGAGCUAGAUGCCCUUCAGACACAGGAGAUUACCAUUGUUCAUGCGCCGACCCGCACAGGAAGAUUUGUUGGCUUCUUUUCCCUGCAGUUCUCUGACCCAGAUCACGAAGACGUGGUGGUCGUGGUAGACGGGCAGUGCGUCUUGCCGCCCGUCUGCAUGGACGCGCCUCUGCACGACAUCGGGAUCUGUGUUCCAAAUCGUGGGUACCGUCAGCAUUUCCAAGUGACAAGUAGCAGUACCCUGACCAGAACGCUGCAGGUGGUUUCGCCGGAAGUAGAAGAAGGGGUCUUGUGGGUAGAGCCGCGCUGCUCCUUUGUGCAGCCAAAAGGUGUGGCUUCUCUGACCGCGCAUCUCUGCCUCUCGUUCUCCUUCUUCGACCGGCACCCAGAAUACGUGCAACCUCUCCCGACUGACAUUGCCAAGACUAAUCUGAAAGCUGUAGCGUUCAAGAUACCAAUCCAAAUAAGGGCGAGCGACCAAAUUCUUUGCGCGGAGACAGCCAUCACAGGUGUCCUUACUGAGUUGCACUUGAGCCUAUCCCGUACGGCCCUGAAUUUUGGAACGUCUGAGAAUGCGGUUCGCCGAACGCAACUAAUAAAAGUCCACAACCCCUCUCUUUUGAUCGCGUCAUUCGGAUUCCGUUCUUCUGAUCGCGCUCUGCGGGUUCUGGAGCCCCCCCACUUCUCAGAUCUCAGUGGAGGUAUAAACAAGCAGUACGCAUUGAAGAGCAGUCAAGAUGGCCAGCCUCCUGCACCAAUCAUGCCCUCCUCCGCCGAUCCCCAAGACACCAAUGGUGUUCCUUCCGGUGACUCUUCUUCCAAAGCAGAAACUGCAAAUACAAAAUCGAACGCUGGGACUGCAGAAUUUUCUGCGGAGGACUACCAAGACGCACACGCACCGGCUCCCUUUUUGGCUCUUCGGCAGCCGCAGGAGACGGAUAGCAAGACGUGGGACGACCUGCACCAGUACCUACCCCAUCUCGAUUGCGGGGGCACAGGCAUGUUGCUACCGGGGGAGACGCGAACCUUCGCUGUGGUACUCGACCCGUCAGAGCUGCGGUGCGACGCCCACGCUCUGCAGCUAGCUACAGGAAAGGCAGUCGAACGUGAAGGAGAGCUUCGCAUGCGAGUCCUGUUGGCUAGCCAAGCCGCCUAUGAAGUCAAAAUCCCCUGGUCCGUCACUCUCACCGAGUCUCCGAUUGCUAUCUUGCCUGCGCCUACUGUGAAAUUUCCCGUUUUACCUGUUGGCCAGAGGUCAUCGGCAACGUUAGAGUUGAAACUGCUAGCCAGCCAACUUGCACUCGGGAGAGUCGAGGUCGAAGGAAACCCGAAGCACACAAGCUUCUCAGAAAAUCCGUUAAAAGAAAGCACGCAGUUCACAGCCGUUCUGGUGGAAGUGCAGCAGCCACCGUCCAACCUUAGUGCCCUCAGUAUUACCCCAACUCGAGUGUUGCUCUAUUCCAAAAAGCGUUGCGCUUCUCUGUUUAUCUGUUUCAACCCAACCAACGAAUACAUGCAAAUUCAGCAGCAGAUACCGCCUGCUGUUGAAGAGCAAGAGGCUGCGGUGGACCCCGAAGUGUCCCCUCCUCUUUCCGGCGCCUCUGAAACUGUAAAACCUGGAAUACAGCCCGGUGGUGGUGCUCCUAGCAGUGAAAAAUCACAGCCUCCAGCAUCAAGUGGAAGUGCCAAAGGCCGGGAAGGAGCUAAAAAGGCUGUAAAAUCCGACGGCACUGCACCGCUCGAAUCGAAAGCAACAACCGAAAAGCGUCCGAAGCCGAAGAACAAUAAACCAAGCCUCAAGUCUGGGGGAAGCAUUGGUGAGGAAGGAGAAGCUGCCACUGUGUGCCCCUCCGAAGACUCUGCUGAGGCUGCUGGAAGUGCGGCAACAGCCGGCGCUGCAGAAGUGUGUAAUGAUUCUGCUCCGCCCGCGCUGGAGAGGGCUAGUGGCACUGCCCUGAGGGCGGCGCUCCUGAAUAUAACCAAGGCCGGAGGCGCUCGGUGGACUAGCUUGGAAGAGGACGGGGGUGGCGACUUCUUUGCUUUUGAUGACCCACGAGCUUUCCACCACGCGCGGUGGCUCAUACCACUCAAAAUAUGGCGUCUUACACCUAGACAGGUUGACGCUUUCCUUACUGGAAAGGAAGUGGACCCUCCGCACUCAUCUGUCGGCACCUGCGCAACUCCACCCCUCGUCGUUGCCUCCGUAAAGAACUUGGACUUUGGCUCGGUGAUGGUGGGGCAGAGGGUGUUCCAGCAGAACUUCGCCACCGAACUGACACUUCAAUCGGCACGCACGAGGCUAACACUAUCCCUGAGUGGCUCCGGGAUUCAGCAAACAAUUGACGUGGUUCCGUUUCAGACAGCUUACGACAUGGGAGCUGUGCUCUGUCCGCCUCAGGAGGGAUGGCUCCGAGGCGACUUCGAGCUUACGCUUGCCACUGAGGGAAAUUCUUCGAGGGUUUUAACCUUCUUUGGUCUUGCAACAGCAAACCCGAUAUACGUGACCUUGCCAUUUUUACCAGGCGGGUCAGUUGGUCCCCCGCGGGAGGUCGCAGCCUGUUCUUCGCAUGAAGGCAGCAACAGCCACAACAGCAGGGGCAAAUGCUGCUGUGGCGGUUCUGUGGAAUCCAAAACCUUUGAGGAGUCGCUACGGGUUGGUGACACGUGUCUGGCAUGCUGCAUGGAGCUCCUACCACGGCUUUCCGCAGAGCGCAACCUUCUAUCCCCUGAAGAGCUGGACUCCUCAUGGAGUCGCACCGUUACAGAAGAAGGAAACGCUGCUCCCAAAGCAAGGGGCCAGAGCCCUUCUCAUCAGCAAACGCAGCCGGCGGGAGGUGACUCUGGCUUUGAGAAGAAGCGCCUCGAACUGCAGCAGGGCCAACAGAUCCUUCACGUCCAAUUCGGCUCCCCCUCGAAUAGUGGCUGUUUUGAAGAACCCGAUGAAGGUUCACGUGGAACGCAAGGCGAUAGAGUUGUUCGAGACGGGAGCAGCCAGAGACCGUCCUCGCAAAGCCCCCCAUCAUCAGGGCGGGAUGAGAGGCAGAAAGGAGACGCAGCAGGCUUGCAGCAAGAAGCCGACUUGAUAAUUGACAAUGAAGUAAUGCGUACGAUAGUUGUUGCUGGUGCGUGGAGUCCCGGACGCCAGGAUUUGCCUCCCUACGCUUCUGUCAAGGGUGAAGCAUGCGGGAACUUCGAGAUUACUAUAGACCCUUCACCACACUCUCGGCUGUUUACCUUCGAACCGUCAAAGGGGACCGUCUCACCGGGGAGUCAGCAAAUGGUUCGCGUUGGCUUCUCCCGGCAAACCCCAACAAAUGCGGAGGGACGCAUCCGCGAUGUACUUAGCCAUCUCCCGACGGCGGCGCUAAAACAGCAACAAGCAACCGCUACAGCCAGACUGUGCUUCCGAGGGGGGGUAUCGGUAGACGAUAACCGAAUGCUCUUCCGUCCGACCUUGGGGUCUAUCGCCCCGCCAAUAGGUUCUGUUUGGGUCGGGGUUCCUUUGCUGGGAGGGAAGGCUAAUGCUUCGUUUCCUUCGCUGAACCGGAUACUAGCUUAG